AUGAGUGGCAGCGGGCAAAGUCUUUCGGCGACCAAUUUAGCGGCAUACCACCACUUCAACUGCAAUCUUUACUUGCAUAAUGUCUACCAUAAAUCGGAAAAUGUUACCGGUAUAGGACAAGUACAAUCCAAGGAAUUAUCCAAAGCUCGAUUACGACGCGGAGUUGAUUGGGAAGCGCAGCUAAUGUCAUGGCUAGAUGAGGAGAACAUGCUUUUGACGGUCCCCGCAUUCCCUAUGACUGGAGAAGAUUUAAUGGAAAACCUAUUACUUGACGAUCGCGAACAUGUGUUCGUUGCUGGAAUCUCUUUCUGGCCACCUCAGGAACGGCUCAAUGACUUGUAUCGAGAUUGUGGCGAAAACCCCGUAGCAUUUGGAUUGGCAAAACCGGAUCUUCUGGAAAUAACUCGUGUCGGAAAUAGUGUAUCGUGGCGGGUAGUGGAUGCUAAAGCGUCGGCAUCCGUAAAGACUUCGCACCACGUCCAAAUCUAUUUCUACACUCUCUGCCUCCAAUACCUUCUCCCCAAACCAUUUUUCAAGGCGUCAACCACAGCAGCCGUGUGGCUUCCACCCAAAGAAGGGUUCAACUCAACUCCUCCGUCCCUUCAAGAUUUGACAGCCGUCAAAUUAUCGCUGUUAUCGCCACCUCUUGAUGGAUUUUUGUUUCGACGUUUGUCACAGAUCUUGAAUCUUCCACGAGAAAGCGUCUCCUGGCAUUUCAACCCUAACUGCAACGGAUGUCCUUACACAUCGAGUUGCAGCCGUCGAUCCGUUGAAGGCGGAGAAUUGGGGAGCAUGAGCAACAUUUCUUUCGGCCAAGCCAAAGUCUUGCGAAACUUAUUGUCUAUGUGGCGUAACGGAGAGGAAUACCGUAAAACGGGAGAGGAUGUAACUGACAUCGAAGAUCUUACUUCUCUCUUUGAGGAUGGUAAGGCCAUUCAAAGCAUAUCCAAUUCUAACCCUAUCACGAUGCGCAAAGCAAAGCGAGUAUUGGCGCUUCCGACGCGAGUAAGAGAAGGGUCUCACCCUCUGAAGAGCGCAGUCGUGGAAGCAGCCAGGACGAACAGCGUUCAGUUGAUUCCUAGGCGCAAUUACAUCUGCCCCAGGAGCGAGGAAGUCGCGAUCAUUUUAUCUUUGAUUCCCGAUCCAGCGUCACCGACCAUACGCAUUAUAUCGUUCUGUAUCUCCGUCUUUACCACAUUGUCGUCAAUACAAGUGCCGGAACAUGUUUAUGGAGAUGGAGAGAACCUGAUUCCUUCCUUGGCAAGAACAAUCAGAUCCAUCAUAUCCUCAGCUCUUACCCCGCCUUCUGCUCAGUUCUAUGUUUUCUCCGCCUCUGAAAACUCUGCAUUGCAGACAUACCUAGUAAAUGCUGCUCUUGAUUCAAAUGAGAGUAGCGAUGAUAUUCGCGUGUGCAUAGGUACUCUCGCCCAAGGUGCCUCCCUUUUGCAGACGACUUUCCAACCCCUCGUUUUGUCUGGCGUUCUGCUAGACUUUCUCGCCAACAAGCAGAAACGAAAGAGUGAACUGCAAGCUUGCCUGGAACGGAUGGACCUAUCUACUGAUGGGACUGUAGAGGUCCUACGGCAGAGGAUCCAAGAUCACCUGCGAAAGCAUCAGAAUCAAGGGGUAGGAGAGGAGCGGCGAAAGGAGUUUGGGCAACUAUCCCGUGUGGUUGUUCUGAAAACAGAGAUUGAACGAUGUUUAGCAUUACCCGUUCCUGGCUUUUGGGAUUUGGCCGAAUGCGCCGUUGCACUUGUCGGCCCUCGUACGCAGAUGAAGUGUCCUACCGACGAGGAACUUUACGCAGCUUACAAACGCAGAGCUCCAUUGGAACCUCUGUUACAAGACCGAAAUAUGUCAAUCUUUACGGUUCUUUGUUCUUUUAGAAAGCGGCUUCUGGGCUCUGGAACGGAUAUUUUGAUCAACAUCGCUAAACCGCUCUCUGUCAAAUUCAUGGACUUAUGUCGCGAAGAGAAGCUAAGAAAGCUCUUCUACAUGCAACAGUUUGAGGUGCUCUCUAGACUCUCGGAGCUGUGGAAAAGCCGCGUCGAAGGCUGUCCUGACGCUCCAAUCCUUGAGUACCGCUCAACCCGCCAGGGCGGUAAGGGAUUAGAACAUGUUUUUCGCCUCAAAUCAGGCAUUCUGGACAUGCCCAAUAUCGACAAGGAUCGAUCUUUCUUCGACUACAUCUUGACGGAAGACCGCGAGUUUGGCGAGUUUGGCGAGCUACCCAUCGAGGCACUAUUCGAUGAUCUCGGAGUUUCGGGUCUAAUGUUCCCCCUCAACAAAUACACGAAAUCCAGAUGGGAGCUUCAACAUCCCGUAGUGAAGGAUCGACUCCUUAUUGCGGACAUUCGCGACAUGUCAUUGGACGGUCAACACACGCAAGUGAUACUCCAGACAUGGAGUAGCGAUAUUCUGACAAUGAAGUUCGUCGCCGGUCAUCUCUAUCGACUUUCCCCACGUUUAGUGGAUUUCAAUACCUCGAAAAUUCUGACUACCCUCUUUGAACUUGAUCUACGAAGCGAAGCAGGAGAACAAGUGCCUUUCUUGAAGCUCGUCCUCGAUCCCAACUCAUUCCGACGCGAGAUUGAUUCAGAGUCUUACAAAUUUGUCGAAGACUCCAGGAAGGCCGGGACCAAGCUACAGUCAAUGUUCCGUGAACUAGAGGGAUUGGGUCUUGAAGGGGCUGGGCCUCUGGUUUUGAAGACCUCGCAGCACCGAGCUGCCCAACAUGUGUUGUCAAACCGUUUAUCUGUCAUCUGGGGCCCGCCAGGAACGGGGAAAACGCACACAGUUGCACUGUCCCUUUUGAGGUUGCUCAAUGUCCAGCAUAACUUGGGUGAACGAAGACGCAACAUCGUUUUCAUUACCGCCAUGACUCACGCGGCCAUCGAAGCGAUACUCAAUAAACUAUCGUAUCUAACCAAAUGCUAUCGUUCUAUUGAUUCGUUGCCAACGGAAUGGCUAGAUGGAAUUAAGGUCGAGCAUGUUCUGAAAGGGAAUGAUCACCCGUGGAAAGCAGAGUCCUCGGGGUCUGUCGUGUAUGCGGGUACUGUCUAUCAGUUAUACAAUCUAUGCAAGAAACAAGCUCUUCAAGCAGACGUCCUAUUGAUUGACGAAGCAGGGCAACUGGCUCUUAGUGCUGCUUCGUUGGUACUUCGGUCUCUCCAUUCGACGGGGAAAGUGAUUAUCGCGGGAGAUCAAGAGCAACUUUCCCCUAUUCUGGCCGCAAAGUAUCCUCUUUUGAAGACUGGUCCUCUCUUUAGCUCUAUAUUAGACUGUCUUGUCCAUUUUUCAAGGCGUAUCAGGAAAGCUCAAGAACAAGCUUUCUCGGGACAGGAGGGUGGGACAACGGAAUCACUUGACGUUGACGACACGUUCUUCUCUCAGGGAUCUGUGGUACAGCUCUCAGAGAACUUCCGUCUGAAUCCGGACCUUGGGGAAUUCAUAUCAACCAUUUAUUCAAGGCCAUUUGUGCCUCAGAAAGUACAAGCCCGGCAAUUAGCAGCCGCUCUGAAUAAAGUUGCUCGUGAUAUGGGAAGAAAUUUUGGGCUGAACGAUCUCAUCGUGGAGAACGUGCAGUUCUUUUUCCUCGCGCUAUCGAAUGCCAUGGUUCGACAGCCCCAAAACUUCCUUUCACGCCCCGUUGUUUCGGAUCCCAGGUCAAAAACGGCACAUAAAACUGGGGGCACUGACCAAUUCGACAUGGAUCCCGCUUUCAAUCCAAUAUCAUUCACUCUGCUGCGUCUAGAACUAGAUGGGCAACCACAGGAAGUAAGCUACGAGGUACACAUCAAGGCGGAGGCAAUGUUGGUCGCUGCGCUUGUCCUUCAGCUCCAACGCUGCUCCCCCACAGAGGAUAUUUUUGUUGCCACUCCUCAUCGGGUACAACGUCAAGCAGUCAGGUCCGCCUUGGAAUCGGCCAAGCGAUUAGAUCGUCUCGACGAAACUUUCGAAAGGUUGAGUUUACAACCGAAGCAAGUGCAGGAAUUUGCUGGUAAGGUGACGGUAGACACUGUCGAACGUUUACAAGGCUCGGAAGCACCCUUUGUCAUUUGUCUAUUCUCUCUUCCAUCUUCCGAAGUCGCAGAUCUAAAAUUUCUUUUGGAACGAAGACGACUAAAUGUGGCGAUUAGUCGAGCAAAAACGCUAUGCAUCCUUAUUUCGUCUUCUCAAGUUCUAAGGCCCCCUGUCGAGAUCUUAGCAGACAAUGAAAGUGCGAAGGGCUAUGCGUUCUUGAAAGCAUAUGAAGAACGAGCAUGGUCUUCGACGAUCAAGGUCGAUAUAGAUAGAAUGUAA